GCGGUUUCCGGAGCUGCAGUGUAGACAGGGAGGGGGAACCUGGGGUUCCGACGUCGCGGCGGAGGGAACGAGCCCUAACCGGAUCGCCGAAGCACAACCCGGCUCGGUGUCUCCUGAUCGCGUAGGCUAAGAGAGGCUAGGCGGCCCUCGGGAGCCCAGCUGCUCGCGUCUCCAGCCAGCGCAGCCCGGCCAGUCGGGCCUCAGCCCGGGAGACAGUUCCGCCCCCUGAUUGCGUCAGGAUGGCCCAAUGGAACCAGCUGCAACAGCUGGACACUCGGUACUUGGAGCAGCUGCACCAGCUCUAUAGCGACAGCUUCCCCAUGGAGCUUCGGCAGUUCCUGGCGCCUUGGAUUGAAAGUCAAGAUUGGGCAUAUGCAGCCAGCAAAGAGUCACAUGCCACGUUGGUGUUUCAUAAUCUCUUGGGUGAGAUUGACCAGCAGUAUAGCCGCUUCCUUCAGGAGUCCAAUGUCCUCUAUCAGCACAACCUGCGAAGAAUCAAGCAGUUCCUGCAGAGCAGGUAUCUUGAGAAGCCCAUGGAAAUUGCCCGGAUUGUGGCCCGGUGCCUGUGGGAAGAGUCUCGCCUCCUCCAGACGGCAGCCACGGCAGCCCAGCAAGGGGGCCAGGCCAACCACCCCACAGCUGCCGUGGUGACGGAGAAGCAGCAGAUGCUGGAACAGCAUCUCCAGGAUGUCCGGAAGCGCGUGCAGGAUCUAGAACAGAAAAUGAAAGUGGUAGAGAAUCUUCAGGAUGACUUUGAUUUCAACUAUAAAACCCUCAAGAGUCAAGGAGACAUGCAGGAUCUGAAUGGAAACAACCAGUCUGUGACCAGGCAGAAGAUGCAGCAGCUGGAACAGAUGCUCACAGCACUGGACCAGAUGCGGAGGAGCAUCGUGAGUGAACUGGCUGGGCUUUUGUCGGCAAUGGAGUAUGUGCAGAAAACACUCACAGACGAAGAACUGGCUGACUGGAAGAGGCGACAGCAGAUUGCGUGCAUUGGAGGCCCUCCCAACAUCUGCCUGGAUCGCCUGGAAAACUGGAUAACUUCAUUAGCAGAGUCUCAACUUCAGACCCGCCAACAAAUUAAGAAACUGGAGGAGUUGCAGCAAAAAGUGUCCUACAAGGGGGAUCCUAUUGUGCAGCACAGGCCAAUGCUGGAGGAGAGGAUUGUGGAGCUGUUCAGAAACCUAAUGAAAAGUGCCUUCGUGGUAGAGCGGCAGCCCUGCAUGCCCAUGCACCCUGACAGGCCCCUUGUCAUCAAGACUGGUGUCCAGUUCACUACUAAAGUCAGGUUGCUGGUCAAAUUUCCCGAGUUGAAUUAUCAGCUUAAAAUUAAAGUAUGUAUUGACAAGGACUCUGGGGAUGUUGCUGCUCUCAGAGGGUCUCGAAAAUUUAACAUUCUGGGCACAAACACGAAAGUGAUGAACAUGGAGGAGUCCAACAAUGGCAGCCUGUCUGCAGAGUUCAAACAUCUGACUUUGAGGGAGCAGAGAUGUGGGAAUGGGGGCCGUGCCAACUGUGACGCCUCCUUGAUUGUGACUGAGGAGCUGCAUCUGAUCACCUUCGAGACUGAGGUGUACCACCAGGGCCUCAAGAUUGACCUAGAGACCCAUUCCUUGCCAGUUGUGGUGAUCUCCAACAUCUGUCAGAUGCCAAAUGCUUGGGCAUCAAUCCUGUGGUAUAACAUGCUGACCAACAACCCCAAGAACGUGAACUUCUUCACCAAGCCACCAAUUGGAACCUGGGACCAAGUGGCCGAGGUGCUUAGCUGGCAGUUCUCCUCCACCACCAAGCGAGGGCUGAGCAUUGAGCAGCUGACUACGCUGGCGGAGAAGCUCUUAGGACCUGGUGUAAACUACUCAGGGUGUCAGAUCACAUGGGCUAAAUUUUGCAAAGAAAACAUGGCUGGCAAGGGCUUCUCCUUCUGGGUGUGGCUAGACAAUAUCAUUGACCUUGUGAAAAAGUAUAUCUUGGCCCUUUGGAAUGAAGGGUACAUCAUGGGUUUCAUUAGCAAGGAGCGAGAGCGCGCCAUCCUGAGCACAAAGCCCCCAGGCACCUUCCUGCUGAGAUUCAGUGAGAGCAGCAAAGAAGGAGGGGUCACUUUCACUUGGGUGGAAAAAGACAUCAGUGGCAAGACCCAGAUCCAGUCUGUAGAACCAUAUACCAAGCAGCAGCUGAACAACAUGUCGUUUGCUGAAAUCAUCAUGGGAUAUAAGAUCAUGGAUGCUACCAACAUCCUGGUGUCUCCUCUGGUCUACCUGUACCCUGACAUCCCUAAGGAGGAAGCAUUCGGGAAGUACUGUCGGCCAGAGAGCCAGGAGCAUCCUGAGGCUGACCCAGGUAGUGCUGCUCCUUACCUGAAGACCAAGUUCAUCUGUGUGACACCAACGACCUGCAGCAAUACCAUUGACCUGCCGAUGUCCCCCCGCACUUUAGAUUCAUUGAUGCAGUUUGGAAAUAACGGUGAAGGUGCUGAGCCCUCAGCAGGAGGGCAGUUUGAGUCACUCACGUUUGAGAUGGAUCUGACUUCGGAGUGCGCUACCUCCCCCAUGUGAGGGGCUACAAAUGGAAGCUGCAGAGAUGACCGGGGCACCUGCCUGCCCCGGGUUCCACCCUUAAGCAGUCAAACCCCAGCUCAUCUGAGACUCCUAACUUUGUGGUUCCAGAUUUUUUUUUUUUUUUAAAUCUCCUACUUCUGCUAUCUUUGAGCAAUCUGGGCACUUUUUAAAAUAGAGAAAUGAGUGAGUGUGGGUGAUGUGCUUUAUGUAAAGAGGAAAGUACUCUGAGUCCGCGAUGGGGAUGUGAAAGCCGGAGGCUGGGGGGAGAAAAGCAAAUGCCUUGUGUCCCGUUCCCCGCCCUCCCUCCUCAGCAGCUCAUUGCCGUCCUUUGUUGUUAGACAAGUGCCUCCUGGUGCCCAUGGCAUCCUUCUGCCCAUUUCUGUGAGCUGAUACACCAGGCUGCCUGCAGCUGAGGACUCCUGGCAUUGCACUUUUAACCUUGCUAAUGUCCAAAUAGAAAAUAGGACUAAGCCCAUAGGUUCUUUUUAAAUUAAAAAAAAAAAAAAUAAGAAGAAUUAAAGGGCAAAACACACGGAGACAGCAUGUAGUAUAGCCUUUCUGUAGCAAAGAAAACUCAUCCCCAGCUUCUUUGGUGCUUUAAGUGUAAAAACCCUGAGAUGGUUUCUGAUGAAAUCUGGAAAAGACAUCUGAGGCUGUGGCUUAGCCUCUGGUUUGAACAUGAAGGUUAGAGAGAACCUAGAUAUCCCAGACUCUUCAUAAACUGGGUUUUAUUUACCCAGGAGUGUGCUCCCCUGUUGGAGGGGUGAGGGUAGACCAAGGGCACUGAAAACCUGUCACCCUCCCUAUCUCCAAGACUCCAGACCCUGUUUCCGGGUCAGCCUGUCCUGCAGGUGCCUUACUGGGCCUAGAACCAACCUGGCUUCCUUUCCCACUUGACCUUGCUCAUGGUGUCUCCUUCCCAUGUCCCAAGGCCCCUGUCCUGCUUGCAUUGGGAACCCUGGUCUCAGGACCCUAUGAUCAGAGAGACUGAGUUACAGCUUUGAAUCUGACUUAGACUACAGGUCCUCAGCAAAGCUCAGGGAUUGUGGUCCUUAUUCUAUUUGUUUGGUACCCAGGGGUACCUAUAACCACAUGGCAAAAGCUGACUAAUAAACUCCAGGUCUACCCCUGGAGGUAUAACCUUGGCCUCUCCUGAGACUAGUGAUUGUCUGCUCCUCAUUGGGGCCCCUGGGGUGAGGUGGAACAGGGUGCCUGCACCUACUGUGGCCUUCAUGUCACCUGCUUGCUUCCACCAAUCUACUUGCUUGAACAAGGCAGGCCUCCUCUGACACGGAGGCAUGGCUAGAUUCAGUGACUCAGAGACACCAUGCUCAGCUGGCCAGUGUCUGGAAUUCUUGUUUGUUUCACUCAAAUUAACCAGUGUCUGAACUAAGAGGGUGAGGACAUUGUCUCCAAGACAGACUGCUUGCCUUGGCUACCCCCUGGCCUUCUGCUUUGAGACAGUUACUGCUCUCCCUUCCCCAGAACAUUCUUUAGUAUGCAAUAAGCUGAAGUCCCAGGCCAAAAGGGUAUUUAGAAAGGCAAGGCUGGGACUUUAAUGCCUGGGGACCUAGGGAGCAAGGGCUCAGGCUUCUCUGGGGCAGGUGUUGUAAAAGCCCCAUCUCUGGGAAGUUACCUGGGUGGCCUGGGCUAAUCACCUGUAAUGACAGCUCCAAGGAGAGCAGAAACUUGCCCCAUGGAGUCCUCAGAGCAGCUCGCCCACUUUGCCUCCUUUGACCAUGCCUGUCCCCAGCCUAGCCCAGCCAUGCCUGCGGAUUGCUUAGCCUCUCUGUACAGUGGUUUGUAUUCUAUCCUAGCCACUGCAUUCAAAUUCCAAUGUAUACUUUCUAGUGUAAAAAUUUAUAUUAUUGUGGGUUGUUUUUUGUUGUUGUUGUUUGUUUGUUUGUUUUUUUGUAUAUUGCUGUAACUACUUUAACUUCCAGAAAUAAAGAUUAUAUAGGAACCGUC